AUGUCCGGGCUACCUUGCCCCUCUCAACGGGCCACAGCGCUUUGCACCUCGUCCACCAGCCGCGCCUUUUCCGCCGCCCGCGAGAUGCCUCUCAUCAUGAACGCCGACGUGGCCAGGCUCGACGGCCUGGCCCCGCGGGCCUGCGAGCUGUGCGGCAGCAGAGAAGGCCUCCUCCGCUGCUCGGCCUGCCAGAUGGUGUACUACUGCGGGCGGGACUGCCAGGCCGCCGACCGCGACGACCACAGGACGCCGUGCGGCGCCGUCAAGAAGGCGCGCCGCCUCUACCAGGCGGAGGAGACGGCGCUGCGCCAACGGCCGCCCGCCAUGUUGGAGCCCGGGCGGUACUUUGAGGACCACGUCGGCGACUUCUGGUCCUACGUCGAGACGCGGCCGUACAUGCGCGCGCGCUUCCACAUGGUGGACGCGAUGCUGACGAGCUACGGCACCGCCGGCGGGCCCGCCGACCUGGUGGAGACGGCCCUGGACCACCUGCUGGACAUGAUGCGCCUGUGCAGCGGCGACAACCUGGGCGUGCGGCACCUCGUGCCCGCGCUGUACAUCCGGCUGGGCAGGGACCAGGAAGCCCACGACUUUGUGAUGGGCAACGCGCCCGACGAGGGGCGGCCGACCUACGGCCUGGUCAGCGGGGCCCCGCCGAUGCUGAGCGUCCGAGACGCGGAUGCGCUGGAGGAUCCGGACCUGCGGUGGCCCGACGGCGUCUGGCUCGACCUGAGCGCCUGCGCGGCGCUGCUGCUGAUCAAGGUGCGGGUCCUGCUGGACCUGCGGGCCGUCCAAAACGCGGGGAUCGCGCUCCGCGGCGCCGUGCCCCGGGAGAUUGAGGACAUGGUCCGCGGCCAGCUCGUGGGCGGCGGCAUCGUGGGGUCGCGGCGCGACAUGCUGCUGGCCGGGCCGGACGAGACGGCGAGGCUGCUCGACGCCGUCAAGCGCCAGGUCGCCAGCCUGCACGCAGCGGUCGAUGCGUACAACGCCUACUUCUGGGACCUGCUGAUCCACGACCCGGACGCUGGUAUUUUGCGCAGGCCGAUGCGCUACGCGGCCCGCUCGCAGGAGGAGGCGUUGCAGAUGCUCGGAUACCACUAUGCUGCGUGGUACGAGACGCCUGGGGCGAUGGACGUGCUUCGCGGUCUGAAAGGGGAGGACUGUGAUGCUGCCCGGUUGAAUAAUGGAAGGGUUUCCCCAUCGUGUGUAUUCUAG